CUAGGUAUAUCACUGCUGUCUGUUAUGGAACAGAAGUCAAGAGACAUUUGAAACAUACAUCUCUUAUUCCUGAAGAUGGCCAAAGAGUCUUUAUCUCUGUGUGUCCUGAACAAGACAUUAAACAGAAUUGAGAACAAGCUGCAAACUAUAAAGUCACAAAAUAUUGUAUUAGAUUCUGGCAUUCAGAAAUUAUCAGAGAAGUUUGACUUUUGGAAUACGGUUCUAGAGCAAGAUGUGAUGUGGACAUCACUGCUAGAAGACAGGUUUAAUUCUGUGGAGAUAAACCUCUUCUAUAGCUAUAUCUGUGAAACUAUUCAGUGCCUACAUUCUCAAGUGGUAGAAAGCAUACCUGAUCUUGCCAGAGUAUUGCCUACACUAUCAUCUGUUCUGAGGAGGAAAGAUAAAAACAAAAGAAUUAAAUCAGCAUGGGAAUCGGCACUGGAGAUAUUGGGACUCCAGGAAGAAGAUGUUAAAGUUUUCUGUACAUUUUUCAUUACCUAUAGCCAGGAUGCAAACUAUUUCCCUGAUAAACUAAGGCAAGAUUAUACCCAAGACAUCCAAUCUAUUGUAAACAAAGUGGUGAAUAAUCAAGUCCUUCAUCAUAGUCUAUUAUGUGCUAUUAAUAUAGUGGAAAACAAGAAAGUUUCAAGAUAUAUGUAAACCGCAAAUAUAUUCUGAAACAAUACUUUUCCUCCAGAAAUAUAUGACACGUUCUCCAAUAAGGGAAAAUAUUUAAUUCAAAUUGAUUGAAUUAAUUGAUUGAAUUGAUUGAUCCAAGACUUCUCAGUUUAUGUAUAAUUGGGGGAAGCAAUAUUGGCCUGCUUUACAAAGCUGUGGAACAGAUUACAUAGAUAAUGUUUGUAAAGUGAACACUAGAAAGCACAAUAUAAGUGCUAGACAUUUCCAUUUUGUGUAUAACAUCUUUUUAAAUCUUUCCAUUAGUUAUUUCAGCAGAGGGGGUGGGCUGCUGUUAUCAGGUAUUUCAUUUUGUUGUUUCCCAUGUGAAAUAUGUCUAAUCCUUGAAUAGCAGAUGGAAUUUAUAUAUAUAUUUCUUUAUUUAUUGAUACCUAAGACCUAGUUGUGUGGAUAUUACUUAUAAUAUAUAACAUAUUGUAAGGUCCCUGGCCCUUAACUUAAAUUUGAGAUACCAUUAAAAGUCUAAUCAGGCAACUCAAAUGCUUUAAUUGAUCAAAUAAAAUAGCUGGGUGGC